UAAAAGAAACAUCUAGAAAAAAGUUUCUGAAAAUACUUAGUACUCAAUAGAAAAAAUGGAAAGUAGCCGGAGGUCUAAAUCAGCUAAGGCAGGUCCAAAAUUGGCAAGGAAGUAUGUGGAGAAAAAUAGAAGGAUUUAUAUGAAUUAUCUCAUUAACCAGCUAUAUUCCAUGCUCCCUGCUCAUGCCUCUACGUCUAAGGACAAAGUGGCAGUGCCUGAUCAAGUACAUGCAGCAGAGAAGUACAUAGCUAGCUUAGAUAAGAAAUUGGAGAAGAAGAAGAAGCACUUGGAACAAUUGAAAAUGGGCUCAAAGACAACUAAGGCACGCCCUCAGAUCGAAUUCCAUGAAAUGGGUCCAAACAUGAUCGUGGUUCUGAUAACUGGCCUUGAUAAUUUAGCCACUUUUGAUAACAUCAUUCGAUUAUGCCAUGAGGAAGGUGUUGAAGUUGUGUAUACCAGCUUUCAACUCAAUGGAAACUCUACACUGCAAAUUUCUCAUGAAACAAAGGUGCAGAUCAACAGAAGUUCAACAAUAGAAUUUAGAAGUACAACUCUGUGUGGUAAGAUGAAGGAGUUGAUUUAUGGACCAUCUUGCAGCAAUGAUAUGGAAUCCCAACUACAUUUAUGGGACUACAUAAUUGAAUCUGGACUGAAAGAAUUUGAUGCACUGGAGUUAUUACCAACAAUAAGUCACAUGCAAAAUGUUCAAGAAACCCCUAGCUCUUUGUGGAACUGA